AUGCGCCAAUCUUCGCGCACAGCUAUUGCAGCUCUUGCGGUGACAGUGAAUGCUGCAUCGCUUUCCGAUGUAUGCACUGUAUCCAAUGUUCAGGCCGCUAUACCUGCAAAUGGAACCUUGCUAGGUAUCGAUUUGAUCCCUUCAGCCGUUACAGCGGGCGCUGUUUAUAAUGCAUCUGCUGGUAUGGGUAGCACUACUACCUACACCUAUUGCAAUGUUACAGUCACCUACACCCACACUGGAAAGGGCGACAAGGUGGUCAUAAAGUAUGCUUUCCCAAGUCCUUCCGAUUUUGAAAAUCGCUUCCAUGUCGCUGGUGGAGGUGGUUAUUCCCUUUCUAGUGAUGCAACUGGAGGGCUUGCAUAUGGUGCCGUUGGUGGUGCCACUGAUGCAGGGUACGAUGCUUUUGAGUACAGUUACGAUGAGGUAGUUCUAUAUGGCAACGGAUCUAUUAAUUGGGACGCGACGUACAUGUUUGGGUAUCAAGCAUUAGGUGAGAUGACCCUGGUUGGAAAGACGCUUACGAAGGGCUUCUACGGCUUGUCUGAUGACACAAAGGUCUACACCUACUAUGAAGGAUGUUCUGAUGGAGGAAGAGAGGGUAUGAGUCAAGUUCAACGCUGGGGAGAGGAAUACGAUGGAGUUAUUGCAGGUGCUCCAGCUUUCCGUUUCGCGCAGCAACAAGUUCAUCACGUGUUUUCAUCCGCAGUUGAACACACAUUGGAUUACUACCCACCACCUUGCGAAAUGGAUAAAAUUGUGAAUGCUACCAUCGCUGCUUGCGAUCCUCUCGAUGGACGAACAGACGGUGUGGUUUCUCGCACAGAUCUUUGCAAGCUUAACUUCAACCUCAGUUCAAUUAUCGGCGAAUCAUACUACUGCGCAGCAACUACCUCCUCUUCUCUCGGGUUCGGAUUUAGUAAGCGUGCACAAGGUAGCACAACCAGCACUACACCUGCCCAGAAUGGAACAGUGACUGCUGAGGGUAUCGCUGUCGCUCAAGCCAUCUAUGACGGUCUCCACAACUCCGAAAAUGAGCGUGCAUACCUCUCCUGGCAGAUCGCUUCGAAUCUUGGAGAUUCCGCUACCACGUACAACAACGAAACCGGAUCCUGGGAACUUAGCAUUCCAUCUACUGGAGGAGCGUAUGUCACCAAGUACGUUCAAUUGCUCGAUCUCGACAAUCUUUCUGACCUUGAUAAUAUUACUUACGAUACCCUUGUUGAGUGGAUGAACAUUGGUAUGGUGAGAUAUAUGGACAGCUUGCAAACUGCCCUUCCUGAUUUAACUAAUUUCCAAUCUUCUGGGGGUAAGUUGCUUCACUACCACGGUGAAUCUGAUCCAAGUAUUCCAUCCGCCUCAUCUGUACACUACUGGCAAUCUGUUCGUUCCGCCAUGUACAGCAAUGCUACUGCUGAAGAGAGUCUAGAGGCACUCCAGGACUGGUAUCAAUUCUACCUUGUUCCUGGUGCAGCCCAUUGCGGAACUAACUCUCUUCAGCCUGGUCCAUAUCCCGAGGACAAUAUGGAAAUUAUGAUCGAUUGGGUUGAGAAUGGAGUCAAGCCAACUGCUCUCAAUGCAACUGUAUCUUCGGGUACAUAUGCAGGCGAGACACAAAUGCUUUGUCAGUGGCCAACUCGUCCUCUCUGGCAGAGCAACAGCACUACUUUCGAUUGCGUCAAUGAUGAGGCUUCUAUUGAGAGCUGGACUUACACUUUUGAUGCAUUUAAGAUUCCUGUGUACUAG